GAAAGAGACGUUAAGGUAGCGUGUGUUCAUCAUGCGGGGACAGUUGGUUAAAAAACAAGGCUUUUUAGUGAAUCCCCACUUCAGAUAAACAACAAACGGUCGAGGAGAAACGCGGAAACCAGAUAUCCGCGCCGCACUCUACUGUUUGCCUGGGAUGUUUACGUUUUCGUAGCUCGCGCAGCGCAGAGAGAGCGAGAGGGCGCGUGCGUGAGCGCGCGCGCUCGUAACCGCCACCGCUACCGCCACGACGAUUCGAAUCGAAUUCGAAACCGACGCGGGUUCUGUUCUGUUUCUUUUGAAGAAGAGAUAAAAAAGGAGUUCGUCGCUGCUGAUCCAGUGAGCGUCGCGUGGCGGGCGGAGGAGAAGAGUUGUGGAGCGAGCGCGCCCGUGGAUGGAUGACCUCCAGCGUCGCGCGGCGCACACCAUGUAUCCGCACGGGAGAGCGCAGGCUCCGCUGGUGCCAGGACAUGCUGGCAUGAAGUUCACGGUGCUGGAGACGUUGGACCAUAUCAAAGAGGAGUUCCAGCUGUUCCAGGCCCAGUACCAUAGUCUGAAGCUGGAAUGUGAGAAACUGGCCACUGAGAAGACAGAGAUGCACAGGCAUUACAUCAUGUAUUAUGAGAUGUCCUAUGGCCUGAACAUCGAGAUGCAGAAACAGGCAGAGAUUGUAAAGCGGCUCAGCGCUAUAUGCACUCAGAUCAUCCCUCUCCUGUCCCAAGAGCAUCAGCACCAGGUGGCCCAGGCAGUCGAGAGAUCCAAACAUGUGAGCAUGGCUGACCUGAACGCCAUCAUAGGGCAACAACAACUGCAGCAUCUUUCCCAUCAUGCCCCAGGCUUCUCCCUGACGCCACACCCCUCAGGUUUGUCUCUGGGAGCAGGGGGUCUCAUGGCACUCCCAGCGGCCUUUCCCUUCCCACCACACCUAGCGCCUAAAGAUGACAUCGCUCACCCUGAAUCUCUGGAUCCUAGAGAUGGCGCACCAAAUCGGGGUUUUGCGGACUUGUCUGCAAUGGGUCAGUCAGUGGGGCAGAGGCUGCCUCUGUCUCUGACCUGCCCUCCUGAGACUGAAGCUGACAGCAAGAGGAGCAACACGGAGGAGAAAUCCAGCAUUAACACACCACGGGAAAGUGAGGUGGACAAGAAUGAGGACAGUCUGAGGCAGGACAGCUCUAAAGAGAAGAGCGUAUCUCCAGCUGGAGCAUCUCCUAGGUCAGCUGAUGGAAAUGGCCUGGACGGCUCUCCGAUCCAGCGCAGGAAUGUUUCCAGAGAAGCCCACUCACCCUCCUCCCCCUUCCCCCACCCACACACACCUGCCCACCGCAAGAGCCCCAGCCAGGAGGAGAAGGCUCGCUCUCCCCCUCAGUCUCCGUCCCGGGACACUGUGUCUCCAGGCUCUGCUCCUGCCCCUCCUCCUCCACCUCCUCCUGCUGCCCGGCCUCUCUCUUCCCCAGCACGCGCUCCCUCUCCUCCUGUUCAGCACUAGGACCCACUCCGCUCCGUGGAGUGAGACGGGUGGGAGACGACGUGCCCCCUCCCCCACCCACCCUACCCAGCACACAAAGGCUCCGUCCCAGAAUGCAGUGGGCUCAGGCACCAGGUGCCUGGUCAGGAACUCCGCAUCUGCCCACUGACUCUCUGAGCCGCACCGUGAGCUUUACGACAUCUGCGUCCAACACACUGCAGCGCCGCCUCUGAGGCACAGCUCAACAAGCCAAUCAAUCAGCUGUUACAGUGACUGACAGGUUUCUCAGCCAAUCAGGCAGCUGGAGUGCUGUGGCCAAGCUGAGCGUUUUGAGCAAUUGGAAAAAAAUCCUGUUGAUCCUCCGCAAACAUGGAAUGCAAUGAAAUGAACAUGGACUGGGACCCUUAAAAGAUUUCAGAGGCUGGACUUAUGUGAACAGAUUCUAAAGACUGCUGGUGAGCUGGACUGGACUGUCCUUGCUGAAGAAGAAAUGGACCUUUAUAUACUCACUUGGAGUACCAGCACCCUAAACAGACAAACUUCAAUGGGCAGUUCAACAGUAACAACUCCGUGCGACUUUGCUAUUAUUUUGUAAUUGCAUCAUUUUUGCUAGGAUUCAUAUACACCUUACUCUUUCACAUUGUUUUUACCUUUGAUAACACUUAAUGCCAUUGCUGACACUGUUCUGUAACAAGAGAUGUACGUACACUCUGUAUUUUACCUCCUUAAGUUAGUAAACGAGCAUAAACCAACUGAGGACUGUUACAGCAGAUUGUAGAACCUGGGGAGAAUGAGAUCACUGUCAUACCAAAAUAGCAACUUUAACAUAAUGUGCUUUUAUUCCAGGUCAUUUUGGACCAUUUAUAGUAGUCCAUUCUUCAUUAAAUAUGUACACAAUGCAAAAGGCAGCUAGCAUUUUCAGAAGGUGUAAAAAAAAAAAUAAACCAAAAAGUCUGGUACAAGGUUUUGAUACAGUACACAACUGUAACUCACUUUACUCUUACAUACUGGUUUGGUUGACAGUUGCCAUUCACUUACUGCGAUCAAUACGGUGAAUUACAGAAGCAAUAUGUAAUUAUAACGUCUCGCAGCCUGGAAAAAAAUGAGCAUCAUGCUGCAUCCUAACAGCAGUUGCCACAAGGGGGCAGCACUGUCAAAUCCAUCCAGCACAUUGUUUUCUUACAGAUGCUGGUGGUCAUAAGCAUUUGGUCUUUUUU